AUGGACGCCCAAACUCAUGCAGAAAAACAGAAAGAAAAAAAAAUAAAAAAAAGUCAAAGACCUUUGGUUGUAAGUAACAGAAAGCCUUUUAAUGUUAUUCACAAAAACCACACUCCCAAACCUUCCGUAAGGGACCCCAGAUUUUCGGACUUCUCAGGGUCCUUUAACCCUAAUUUUUUUAGAAACGCUUACAAAUUUUUAUACGAAUCUAGAGAGGAAGAAAAAAAAUUAAUUGAAAAGAAACUAAAAAGCAAAAAUUUAACAGAAGAUGAAAAAUCCGAAUUAAAAAAAAAAUAUAAUAAUUAUAAAAGUACAGACGUGCUACUAAAAAAAAAGGAAGAAGAAAGAAAAUUAAAAUCACUACUCAUAAAGCAAGAGAAGGAAAACAUUUUAAAUAAAAAGAAAAAACCUUUUUACUACAGUGAUAGAAAAAUAAAAAAAAUUGUAGAAGAAAAAAUGGCAAAUAACAGAAGUAUUCAAAAGGUUAUUAGAAAGGAAAGAAAAAUUUUACAAAAAGAGAGAAAAACGAACAGUAUUCCAGAAAGGAGGUACGUUGAAAAUGGCUAA